UUUGCGGUCCCUUGAUAAAAACAUCAAAUAUUCUCUACUCAUCAUUUAAAGCGCUUGUGGUGUUAGCAUAUAUAUUCUAUAAGUUCUUCUAGUUUCAAUAGUCAAAGACCAACUAUUUAUCUAUUUAGACUGCAAGCAAAUUGUUGAUCAUACAAAGUUUCAUUUUUAUGGAUUAUACACUACCGUUUAAUAUGAAGCAUACGGUUGAACACGGAUAGAUGAGUAAGAAGAAUAUAGGUUCAAUUGGACAAUUAUUUUCCAAAGAUCAAGGCCAUCACAUUUUGAACUGAAUCAAUUGGAUGCUAAAUUAUGGCACUUGCUAAAAAGGGCUAGUAUCAACCAAAUAUACCAAGUUACAGCAAUAGUUAAUUUUGUUUGGCUGAUGCUUGGAUUCCUGCAGAUUCUUCUUUGAAGAUAUAUAACUUAUGGCUAAUUGCACAGAGAUUGUAAAGGGAUUAAAAGAUGCCUUCAGAACGGGUAAAACUGUACCAUAUGAAUGGAGAAGACAACAAUUAGAGGGUGUCCUUAAAUUGUUAGACGAAAACAAAGAAGAAAUAAUAAAAUCUUUAAAAAAAGAUUUGCAUAAGCCUCCUUUCGAAGCCUUUUUUGAAAUUGAUCAGUGUAGAAAUGACUUGAUUGACACGAUGAACAAUUUAAAAGAAUGGAUGAAACCACAUAAGGUACAGAAACCACUGGUUAAUUUAAUGGACAAAGCUUUCAUACAAAAACAACCAUAUGGCGUAGUUCUGAUUAUAGGAACAUGGAAUUUUCCAAUUAUGCUUACACUUAUGCCAAUGUUUGGUGCCUUAGCUGCAGGAAAUUGUGUUUUACUGAAGACCUCUCGAAUUUCUUGGAGUAUAUCAAAACUGCUAGAAAAUAUGGUUCCAAAAUACUUAGACAAUGAAUGUGUAAAAGUUGUUAAUGGAGGUACUGGUGAAACAACAGAUUUACUGAAGGAGAGAUAUGAUUAUAUCUUCUACACAGGAAAUACGUCUAUAGGGAAGAUGGUGAUGAAAGCUGCAAGUCAAUAUCUUACUCCAAUCACUCUUGAACUAGGAGGCAAAAAUCCAGUAUAUGUGGACAGAAACUGUGACCUUAGAGCUGCAGCUAACAGAAUUAUAUGGGGGAAGACUAUAAACGCUGGACAGACAUGUAUAGCACCUGAUUAUGUCAUGUGUACAAAAGACAUUCAGGGUGAUUUGAUUGAAUCAAUGAAGAUAACAAUAAAUGAUUUCUACAAAGGUGACCCAUCAAGCUCAGACAGUUAUGGCAGAUUGGGGAACGAAAGACAUUUCCAACGAGUGAAACAGAUACUUGACAGCAGUAAAGACAACAUAGCUAUUGGUGGGAUAACAAAUGAGAAGGAAAAUUUCGUGUCACCAACAGUUUUAAAAGAUGUCAAGUUUAAAGAUCCUUCUAUGCAAGAAGAGAUGUUUGGACCUGUCUUGCCAAUAGUACCUGUAAACAACGAGGAUGAAGCCAUCGAAUAUAUUGUAAAUGGUGAAAAACCUCUGGCUAUGUAUAUCUUUUCAAAUGAUAAGAAAGUGAAAGAAAAGUUUAGGAAUUGUACAAGUAGUGGUGGUCUUGUGAUUAAUGAUACAAUGUUACACGCUGGAGUAAUGACCUUGCCCUUUGGAGGUGUUGGAAACAGUGGUGUAGGAGCUUAUCAUGGCAAGUUGACCUUUGAUACAUUUUGUCACAAGCGAGCUUGCUUAGAGAGAGAACUUGUAUUGGAAGGAUUACAAUCUGUACGGUACCCUCCAUACACACAAAAGAAGAUACGUAUUAUUCAGAUGGUAACAAAGAAGACACUACACAAGUCAUCAUUUAUGACGAUUACGUAUUUUCUUGUCAUAGUAAUGAUUGUAGCGGCAAUUGUUUCUAAGAUGCUUAUACUGUUCAUCGAAUAGUCCAUGGAACCUGGUAUAAAAGAAACUAGUUGGAUAUCUUUUUUAUUCACAUACAUCUUUUACGGAUAUCUUACAUGCUCUAUACAUUUAAGCAUGAAAAAAUGAAGGAGUAUAACAUUCGAGGCAGAUAUAAACUGUUUACUUGUCUAUAUAAAAAAAAGUGUUAUGUCUGCUUCUUUUAUAUAUCUAUCAUACGAAGGAUAAUUAUAGUGUAACUUUGAAACCCUUCAUUUUUUCUAUUCGGAUACAUUUUUUAGCACCACAAUUCACACUUGAAAAUGUACAAGAGAGGGGCGAAAUAUACCAAAAAAGAUAAUCAAACUCACAAAUAAAAAAAACCCCAACCCAAUGACUUAAAAGAAAAAGACAAUCAGUUAAACAAUAGUACACAAACAACAACUUAGAAAACUGAUGAAUAACCAACACGAACCACACCAAAAAUUAGGGGUGAUCUCUAGUGCUCAGAAAGGGUAAGCAGAUCCUAUUUAAUAUUUCAAGAUUCUACUAUACUUUUGAAAAGUAUAAGGAAAGGCUAAUAUGUUAAAAUGACGGAUAAACAAUUGUUUUAAAAAUGUAAGAACACAAUUGUUGGAUAUCUUUUUUUAUUCACAUACAUCUUUUACGGAUAUCUUACAUGCUCUAUACAUUUAAGCAUGAAAAAAUGAAGGAGUAUAACAUUCGAGGCAGAUAUAAACUGUUUACUUGUCUAUAUAAAAAAAAAGUGUUAUGACUGCAAAUAAGACAACUCUCUACAAGAGACCAAAUGUCACAGCAAUUAUCAACUAAAGGUCACUGUACGGCCUUCAACAAUGAGCAAAGCCAAUACGGCAUGGUCAGCUUUAAAGGCCCUGUAAUGAAUACCUAAUUCGUAUAUGACAGUGAUUCGUAAAAUGAUUUUGUGCACGGCUCGAAGAGCGACAUGUUGAUGUUGCUUUAUAAAUAGUUUGCGAAGUUAUUUACCUACACACAGAAAUAAUAAGAUUACAAGCCUUUAAACAACUUGGGUUUCUAUGUUUUUCAAUGAGCAUAAUAUUUGGAUCCCAAUUUAAUUCUUUUACACAAAAUAUAUAUAGACUAGUAUACGUUUUUUUUAUAUCGCACCCGUAUCAACCCGAAAACCCAAUAUAUAAUGAGAGCUCUGCUCGAGGGGUUAUUAUAAUGUUUGAGGAUUCAUACGGUCUUUGAAUUUAAAGAAAAGCUAUAUAAUAUACACUUUAUUAUAUACCUCAAGUAGAUGUUUUCACGUGACGUGACGUCAUGCAGACAAAGUUGGAUUUAUUAAUGCAUUUGCAACUGUUAAUUAUAUCGAUAUCGUCAUGAACAUGACGAAUGACUGAUAAAUCGCGAUGAGUUUUGUUUGUACAAUUCAUUCUAUUUACUUGUAUUUAAUACUUUAAAUAUAUAAAGAAAUCAAGUAAAAAGAAAUAAGUCAACAAAAUUUUAUAUGUAUAGUGUAUGAAUAAACAACAAAGCAUUUCAGAUCGUUGAAGUCUUGUAUUCAAAAUAGUCUUUCUUGUUUGCAUUAUGUUCUGCUAGGCACCUUUGAUAACACUUAUAAAUUACUGUUUGGUGUGAGUCAAGGCUCUGCGUUGUAUGUUAUACUUUGACUUAUUAUUGUUUACUUUUUACACAUUGUGACUUGGAUAGAGAGUUCUUUCAUUUGCACUCAUACCACAUCUUCUUAUUUCUAAUUCCAGUGGUCAACCAGAAACAAAAUUCUUUAACACGAUGAUCAUAUCGCGCACAUUAAAUUCAAUGAUAUGUGUUUUUUAUUAUCAUAGAAUUUCUAGUUUCUAAAUAUCCUUCAAUUGUGCUGGCAUUGAAGAAUAAACAUCAACUUUAUACA